AGAAGAUCCUGCCUAAAAACACGAACACCUAAAUCCCAGCUGUCCAUAAUCCAAUAGCCUCUCCGACUUCCCUUUCUGCUCAUUCCUCCCCACCCAGCGAAGCAGAGCGAGCGAUCAAGCUGCCAUGGGCUCCUACCUCUCCAGCCUCCUCGGAGCUCCGGCCGCCGACGGCUCGCCGGAAUCGUCGUCGGAGCCUUCCCGCGUCCAGGCGUUCCACUCCACCCCGCGGUGGCAGCUCCACUUCAACAAAGUCAAGGAUACCUCCCAAUUGAUGGUGAUCGAUUUCGCGGCGUCCUGGUGCGGGCCCUGCCGGAUGAUGGAGCCGGCCGUGAGCGCCAUGGCUUCCAAGUUCGCGGACGUCGAGUUCGCCAAGAUCGACGUCGACGAGUUGUCCGACGUGGCGCGGGAGUUCAGUGUGCAGGCAAUGCCGACGUUCGUGCUGGUGAAGAAAGGGAAGGAAGUGGACAGGAUCGUCGGGGCGAAGAAGGACGAGCUCGAGAGGAAGGUCCAGAAGCACAGGGCUCUCAUGGCUUCCAGUUGAGUUCGAUCCCUUUUGCUCUUCUUCUUCAUGGGGAAAAAAAAAUAAAAAUAAAGAACAGAGUUUUUAUUGUAUCUUCAAUUCGACUGUAUUGCGUGUGCAAAUGUUUGCUUUAUCUGAGUUGCGAAGCAUUAGAGGGAUGUUUCAUGUUUUAUCUGGUCUGUAUAACGUUUUCAUGGUAAUUCUAACGUGGGAUCAAUAUCGAUGUUGA